AGAGGGAUAAAUUAUUAUAAUAAUGGGGAUAUUUAUGUAGGAGAUUGGGAUGGAGAUAUGUUUAAUGGUUAUGGACAUUAUUUUUUUAUGAAUGGAGAGAGAUAUAGUGGUAAUUUUAAGAAUGGAUGUAAAGAAGGAUAGGGUAAAUAUUAUUAUUUGAAUGGUAAUACUUAUGAUGGAAAUUGGGUUAAUAAUUAGAAAUAAGGAAUAGGAAAAUAUUAUUAUUAUAGUACAGAUGAAUAUUAUGAUGGAUAAUGGAAUAAAGGAUAGAAACAUGGUUAAGGAGAGGCUAAAUAUGCAUAUGGAGAGAUUUAUAAAGGAGAUUUUUAGAAUGAUAAAAGAAAUGGUUUUGGUAUUAUGAGAUUUAAUGAUGGAGCAAGAGUAGAAGGAUAAUGGGUGGAUGAUUAAUUAAAUGGAAUAGGAAAGAUAUUUUAUUAGAAUGGAGAUACAUUUGAUGGAACAUGGUUAAAAAAUUAAAAAAGUGGUAAAGGAGUUUAUACAAUGUGUGAAGGUAAAUAGAUAUAUAAAGGAUCAUUUGAAAAUGAUAUGAUGAAUGGAUUAGGUUAUUUAUAAUAUGAAUCAGGAGAUAUUUAUUAAGGAUAUUUUAAAGAUGGUAAAAAAGAUGGAGAAGGGGAAUUCUAUUAUUAAGCAUCAAGUAAAUUAUAUAUAUACAUACAAUUAGAGGAUCAUUACAAAGGAUAAUUUAAAAAAGAUUUUAGAACUGGUUAUGGAGUUAUGCAUUAUGCUAAUGGUGAUAUUUAUUAGGGAGAAUGGUUUGAAGAUUAAAAAUAAGGAAAAGGAUAGUACUAUUAUAGUAUGACUAAUGAUAAAUUUGAUGGAGAUUGGAUUAGAGAUAAAAAACAUGGAAAGGGAGUUUAUACUUUCGGGUAUAUUAUCAAAUUUAUUUUAGAAAUGGGGAUAUUUAUGAAGGGGAAUGGAGUUAAGAUAAAUGGCAUGGUAAAGGUAAAUAUACCUCUAAAGAUAAAACAUAUAUGUAUGGAGAAUUUAGAAAUCAUAAAUUUGUUACUCCUAUGAACUGA